AUGUCUUCACUAUAUACCGUCUCCCCUUCGUCGCUAUACGACCAUCGCGACCAUUCGCAGGACCACUUGCGGGAACCCUACCUUACGGGCGGCUCGCACCACAACCACAAUCAACCCGUCACUCCAGCAGAGUCGCAGUUGCUGUCGCCAUACUCGUCGCACAUCAGAAGCAACUCGGCAUCGCCCAUAGCCAACUCAAAUACCCCAGCUGAGUCGUCAUCCACUCUCAGCAUUUAUCAGAGUGACUUCAGCGGGGACCUGGACGAUCCAUUCUUUGGUGUGAAUUUCGACAACCUGAAUGGCGGCUCCCCUACCUUCCUCGAGGACCAACUAAGAUUUGGUAGUACUGAGCAUCUUGAUACAAAUCAUAUUCCAAUGCAAAAUCAGGGCACAUACGAUGCUGGCAGUCAUUUGAAUUUUGCCAAGCCCUUGUCAGAACCGGUAGCCUCGUCGCUCAGUUCACAAAAUAACUACGACGGUGGUUUCUAUACUGGAUCAGGAGCCACCGCAUCGCAUCAACAUCACUCCAACGUAUCGCAACCAGAGCCAGAGCCAGUCUUGCGCGACAGCAACCAGUCAGCGCCUCAACCGACACUGGACACGAACGCGGUUAACUGGUCUAGCGACGGCAGGCUUGCGCCUGCUGCUCUGAACAUGGCAGCCCAAAGUCCCCGUGUUAUGGUGUCUGAAUGGGGAAGAGACGAACAGUGCGCGGUGCACCCAGUAGCGCGCACAUCUGCACGUGGCACGGAGAGCCCCAGGACAAUGCGCUCGGCAUUAAGCAACAACGACGUCAUAUCCACUGAGACCCUCCAUCGCUCAAGUGUGUCUCGGGAUACCCAAGGGAACUGGGGGCGCGAUGCUGCCACCGGCCAUCGUGGUCUCGGACCCGAGGACCGGCCUUCAGCGGAGACCUUGAGCAUCAAUCAGCUCGAUGCUGGCCGCCAAGUGACGGAAAGAAACCAGCUAGUCGAUGCUUGGGUAGCAGAUGCCGCUGAAAAUGCGGAUCGAAUUGCGACCGAUGCAAUCGACGCCACAUAUUAUCCGCCUGGGGCGGACAAGAACAGCUCUGAUGAUAUACCCCUUGGGAACAACACGGAGAACAAAUACAUCUCUGGCCAAGCAUACUACCAGACAGAGACUCAAGGUGGCGGGCUCACCCAGGAGGACAUAGAAAUCAUGCAGCAAUCUCGCAACUGGGGCGAUGCGCCCAUGGUUCACUCCAUAUCUCAGAUGGGCUCCUCUCGGCACCAGCCAGAGAGCUCUCAAGCGGCCAUUGCCAAAUUUGAGAUGAUGUGCCGCGAUAAUGACUCAAUUGUCUCAAGAGCAGCUACGUGGGGCACUCGUCGAAGGAGCCUGCCCAGCCUCGUCGACGUGGAGGGUGUUCUCAAUGGUAAUUUCUUGAAGAAACUCUCCCUUAAAGCCGACUCUUCACGCCGGCCUAGUCUCCUGAGAAAGAUCCCAAGUCUUGUGAGGAGACCAAGUGCAAGCCAAUUAUUGAAGCGCAAAGGAAGCAACGCAGAUGAGACUGCAUCUGACGAAUUGGCGCAUCCCGAUAGACGGGAAUCUAGGGACAGUCUAGCCCCGCCUAGCCGCUCAACGAGCUGGGGCAUCAAACAGAAACCAACUCCCAGCCUCAACACGGCCCUAGUUGGCAUGGCCACGAACGCUGCAGCAAUUGGGACUUCCCAUGCUCGGAGUGGUUCUAUUAGCGCAACAUCCAUCACGUCUCCCAAGAGUUCCUUCGGAUUCCCGAAUGUCAAGAACAGCCUUAGAAGGCCGAGAAGCAAGACGGAACUGCCCAAGGGUAACACAGAAGGCGUUUCCAACAUCGUGGGAAUGUUGAAAAAACAGGGCGGUCCACCCGUUGCCCAGCUGGCUAGGUCACAACCCAACUUUGAAAAGGACGACGAUGACGAGUCCGAUGACUAUCAUUUGGAUGACUCCGACAUGAAUAUCGAAACAGGCAAGGGUGAAGACAUCAUCCCGACCUUGGCGGGCUUCCAGCAACACAUCCGGCGAUUAAACCCUAAUCUUCCGCACUCCAACCAAUACUUGGUCGACCGGAUUGCACAUCACAUGAUCAUUCGCUACAAGAACCUCCAAAAAUCGAAGAUCAAACACCUGAAGGCAGUGAACCAGUAUAACUGUCAAAGCGGGGUUUUGUGUAUCGCGCAAGGGGGUUCUGCGCAGCCUUUAGAUAGCAGAGGAGAUACUCGAGGAGUAGAUCCCCUUUCAGCUCGUCCAGAUUCCUCAGACGGCGACAGCACACCACGGAAAGGCGACAUCAACCAUGAGAGUUUCCCAACGGGAAUCCCCAUGCCACCUACUACGACACUCCCGGCGGAGUUCGAGUGUCAGCUUUGCUAUACCCGGAAGAAAUUCCAGAAGCCAUCGGAGUGGACCAAGCACGUACAUGAGGAUGUACAACCCUUCACUUGUACAUGGGACCAGUGCCGUGACCCAAAAAUGUUCAAGAGAAAAGCAGAUUGGGUCCGGCAUGAGAAUGAAGGCCACCGUCAUCUGGAAUGGUGGACUUGCGACGUCGACGACUGCCGCCAUACAUGCUAUCGACGGGACAACUUCCUGCAACACUUGGUACGCGAACACAAGUUUCAAGAGCCCAAAGUCAAAACCAAGGCGGCCAUCAAGAAGGCCGGGGGUAAUGAUCUCACGUGGCAAAAGGUCGAGAGAUGUCAUGUGGAGACACGCCGGCGACCACAGGAUGAGCCCUGCCGCUUCUGUGGCAAGACCUUCCCCACGUGGAAGAAGUUGACAGUCCACCUUUCCAAGCACAUGGAAUACAUCAGUCUGCCAGCAUUGAAGCUGGUUGCUACUGAGCAGUUAAAUGAGGACACCAGUAUCAGCCCGGUGAGCCCGGUGCAGCAUCCUUCGCCGCGCAACUUCCCCAUGCCUAUCAAGCAAGAACCACAGGCCGUCAGCCCUCACACUCCUCAACGCCCUCAUGCGUUUUCCAACCCUAAUCCAGUAGAAUACGACUCCCAUAGCCCGUUCGGGUAUUCGAACAUGCCUCGUGCACAAAUGCAACCAUCAUUCUACAAUCAAAAUCACGCUGCCCCCCAGCAGUUCGACGCCCAGCCACGCCUCCCGCCCUCGGGUUUAAUGAUGCUGCCCACAACAGGUUUCGCUCAACAGCAACAGUACCAUACACUGCCUGUAACUACAGGCGUACCGUAUGAACAAGCCGCCAACACCUCCUAUAUGUCAAUGCCAAACCAACUCGAACCAUUCCCUUUGCUGGAACAAUUUGGCAUUCAGGACACUAGUGGUGGACAACAUCCCUACGACACCAUGACAGACCCGAUCAUGCAGAACGUGGAACAACAGUACAGCAACCAAGGCUCAGUCUCACCGUACCCGCGUUCGCCGCAUCAAGGGCAUACAAGAUUUUAA